GAGAAGGGAUGUAGGUGGGGCUAUCACUGUAGCUCACCUGGCCACAUGUUUAUACAUUAUCCAGCCCACAUGUGUAUCUCUGUCUCGCUGAAGAGCACAGCAGAGGAAACGUUCAACACUGCAUCACCAAGCAAAAGGGAUGAACUUAUACAGGAAUUUUGGGACCCUUCUUGAGACUUGGUUGACAGACACUAUUUCCGAAGAUAACUCUACGGAAGAGCCCCCUCAGGCACCUGAAACCCUUACUCCCAGUAAGAGUGCCAUGGGGACAGACUCCCAAAGGACUGGUAUGCUGCUGAAGUCUGAAUCGGAGGACUCCGGCUUGGAGGAAGCACCAAUCAGUCCUCAGGGCUCAGAGCAGAGCUUCUCGUUGGCCAGAGACAGUGACCUGGUGGACAGUGAAGGCCCACUAUCCCGAGCUGCCCCUUUACCCUCAUCCCAAGUUUCCUGUAACCAGUCACAGAACAUAGUGGAGCGGGCAUUGCAGAGGACCAGGCAGACCAGCAUCGGCAGCAGGAGGAAAGCCUUUUCCCUGUCUUUCACAAACUCUUGGACCUUGUCAUUCAACUUCAAUGAGAGAUCAGGAGAGCAGGAACUACCUGCUGUUCUAACCCCUCAACCGCUGAAAAAUCAGCAUUGCCAACAGGAACCUAAACCCAACAACGAGAGGUCUGAGGAUCAGACCCAGAGACAAGCGUGGCAGUUGCAGCUUGAAGCAGCAACGAUCUCCAUCCCCCAGGAUGAGGUGAAACUCUCGGCUUCCCCGUCCCAUGGAUGGCCCUCCUUUGGGCCGACGUACCUGGAGCAGGUCUGUAGGCUCCUGGAGGAGAUCGCAAGGCUGCGGGCCAGGAACCAAGAACUGGAGAGAGAGAAAGAGAGGUUGCAAGAGCAACAGAGGAGCAAGGAUGUGACGUCCAGCCAGUAUCUCCAUAGUGGCAGCAAAACCGGCGGUCAAGAGCCAGCACUGAAGAGUCGUGGGUAUGAGUUCAAGCACUUUUCAUUGAAGAGCAAACCAUCCUCUGAUAAAGUCCUGCGACGCUCCAUCUCCGACUCAAAUCUCAGCGAUUGCGGCAUUGGGAACCUGAUGAAGCAGCAGCAGUCUGAGAGCGUUGGGAACCUGAGCAUGUUUUCAGAGGUGGACAAGAUGAGCCAGACCACAGCCCAGAAGGAGAAGGAAACUCACAAGACCAGCAGCCUAAAGAGGACUAUAUGGAAAAAAAAGGACAAGCAAAACAAGGAGUUGGACAGUCAACAAACAUCACCUUGCGAAGAACAAAAAUCCAGCCAACAUCUUGGACUGCUGUUCAAGAAGAUGUCCUUGAAAAAGCCCUAAAGGCUGUGGUGGAACCAUUCCAUUAUGGCUCUAGAGAGGAGGUGUUGAGGACAUCCCUGUCACCAUGCUAUAGCCUUUACUCAUUUGGCUAAGGCUUUUCUCCACAGUGACUUACAGCGUUAAACUUCUGAAAAUUGUUCUCCCAUUUACACAGCUGGGUAAUUUUACUGGAUUAAGUCAGGGUAAGUACUUUUCUCAAGGGCGCUUCAGAAAGAGGUGCGAUUCAGACCUGGGUCCUUUGAGUUGAUGGACAACAGCUCUAUCCACGACUCUACCUCCUACCACACUCUACUACAGGAGGUCCCUUUGGCUCUAAAGAUCCUUCUCAUGAGCCAUUACUCAUGAGCUGCAGACUGGACGGAGCAGGGAGGUCCACAUAGCUACACGCCUGUGUCCAGCUCCCAGCUGAGACCAGAACCAUCUUACCAGUUUGAGGAGGACCUGGUAUCACUCUGAGUAAAGUGACUGAAACAAGAACGGUUGGUUACCCACACAGGUGCACCUUCUCAAUUUUUACAGAUUAACAACUUUUUCGUUAACUACACCCAGGUAUUAUGUAUAAAAGCUGCUCGGAGAGCCAUGUAUUAUUUUUCCUCAGUAUGAGCAGGAAGUUGAGGUGGAUUUGGAACUUCCAACUGAUGACUGAAUUAAUCUGUAUUUAUUCACUUAGCCAACACUUUUCUCCAAAGGAAAUAAAUGCCUAUAUAUUUACACAG